CAGCGCUGCAGCUCGCUGGAUUGCUAUAGAUCCCACGAACCACAACCCGGUAGCAUGGGGGAUACAUAUAGAGGAGUAUCAUGACGAGCGAUCUGGAGCCAUUUCAGCUAUCAAAUGUAUUGACAGAUUUGUAUCAUCAGAAGGAUCUGUUAGACCUCUCCGCACCGGGUCCUUCAUCUCCUCCCCGGAACAAUGCCACACCUACAGGAGGGACAGGCUCUCUGUUCGCUUCCGCUUCGUCUAUCGUCGGUGCAGCAGGGAGAAGAGCAGCAGCCGUCGCUUCGGGUCAAGGCUCACCUGCAUCUCCAAGCCGCCUGGGCCGGUCGACUGGAUUAGAACGCGACGAUAGUGUUGACGGUACCGGGGGAGCAGAUUCAUCAAAGGGAUCAUCGGAGCAGAGAAUAGAGAUCAGAUGUGUGGAGGCUUAUGGGAGUAACCUGUAUCUCGGCAGAUCCGACGGAGUGAUUGAAUGGUGGACUUGUGAUGGAUCACCGGGGUCAAAUCAGAAUAAUCCCGGAUGGACACUUCGCAACAAGCACACACUCUUCCCUCGACGUCCAAUGAAUCGCCUGACCAUCUUACCUCAAGUAUCGAGAUGUUUUGCCCUCUCAGAAGGGACCAUCCACCCAUUAUCCCUGCCUUUCCUCGAACCUUUACCAUCUACGGUCGUCGCGCCACUAAGAGGCGUCGUGAGCGUGAUUCUAGAUGACGAUGAGCUAGAAUGGGACGGAGAAGGAUCAGAAAAUAAUCGAACGGAAAUGACAGUCGUGAUCGUUCGCCGGAGAGGCCUGGGGAUAUAUAGAAUGGGAGGUAGAAUGAUACCCCAAAAGGAAAUCCCCCUACCUUCCCCUCCUUCUGUUCACGCUCUCGCUUCCAACUACCUCUGUGCAUGUCUUCCACAUUCUUCCACCUACGCCUUGAUCGACUUUUCCGACGCAUCCUUGACGGAAGUCUUGCCCGUAUCUCAAGUAGAACCUUCGCAAUUGGGUUUCGACCCAAAACCCAAUAUCGCCGUCGUUCCUGGAGAAGGCGAGUUCCUAGUAACGAGUUACACCGGAGUCAACACGAUGGGUGUGUUCCUCAACGGUCAAGGAGAUCCGGUCAGAGGAACUGUUGAAUGGGCUCAUCAUCCAUUAUCUCUCACCGUCGAAUCAGGGUACAUCCUCGCCCUGCUUCGCAAUCACUCUAUCUCUAUUCACACCCUUUCAGACCUCGAAGCGCCGGUCCAAACCAUCUCUUUAGACCCAACCACCAGCCCGUUUGCGUUCAGCUAUACGCCAUAUGGCGUGGCCAUCCGCAAUUGGAUCCGAGACGACCGCAUGGCAUCCUCACGUAUGAUCCUGCUCAGUGGCAAAGUCGCGCCAUCCACCUCGUCAAGUUCGUCCAAACCUAUCUCCAUCCCCACAUCUCAAGCGCCAGACUCCAUGACAUCUCCAUCGAACUCUGAUCCACUGGACGAGCCGCCUUCCGGCUCAGGAUUGACUCCGCCAUCUUCACCUCCUCCCUUCUCUCGCCGUCCUAUCGCUCCUCAGCGGAGCUCCUCCCUAAUUCGCGCCACGGCGCCCUCUGCAAAAUCGCCAUUCUCCACCACAAUCACAGAGACUUUAAUCGUCGGUCCCAAUGGCCUUCAAGCGAUUUCACCGACAUCAGCCAUCACAAAGCUUGAGAUUCUAUGCAAAGAUGGCAAAAUAGACGAUGCGAUGGUCGUCGUGGAGGAAGAACGGCAGAGAGGCAAAAAGGGUCAAUUUGACGGAAGCAAGGCCAUCCAUCAAGGGACCAUGCGAUUCCUUCAUCUCUAUCUCGCUUGCUACUUGAUCAUGGAGACUCGAUUCGAGGCUGCUGGUGAUCAUCUGUAUCGAGGCAAGAUUGAUCCAAGGCUACUCGUUAGACUCUUUGCGAGAUUGCGAGGCAAAGUGAUCGGCUCAGCAGAGGAGAUUGACGUGUUUGAAGGUCUCAAGCAGACCUUGAUGGAUAUGCCUACCGUUGAGACCAUUAUUACCACCAGUAUCAAGCGAAACUACUCACCACACGUCUCACCCGACACUGCGCAUGCACCUGAAACGAUCGAACUGCGUCACGCUCUCGAAGACGAAGCCAAUGCCAUGUUGACCGAGUUCCUCCGAAAGACCCGGACGGCAAGACGCAAAGGUGGUGGUGCAAGGGGAUUGGACUCUGCCAAGAUCGACAUGGUGAUCGAUACGACGCUCGCCAAGCUGUUAGCAGACGCAGGCACGACCAAUGAGUUACUGGCUCUUUUGGCUGGACCGAACGAUGUGGUCCUUGGUGAACUUGAGCCGUUCUUAGAAAAACGACCAUACGUCUUGUCAACGGUCAUGAGGCAGCAAGGCAAGAUUGAGAGAACGUUGGCCAUUCUCAAAGGUAUUGCUGAAAGUCCCGAGGGCGAUCCAUUGUGCGAGGACCCUGUCGACGAGAUUGCUCAACAACUGGACGGGAUGACGGAUCCACAGCUUUUGCGUCAAUAUGCGCUCUGGCUGGUCGGGCGAGAUCCUACAAAGGGGUUGGAGAUCCUCAUUUCGCAGAGCGGAAACGGCGGAGUCAAGCUGGACGACGAAGAGCUCCUUGGUGAACUCCGACAGAUCAGUGAAGACGCCGCCAAUGUGUACCUUGAACACGUAGUUGUUCAGAAGCGCAGCCCCAGUCGACCUUUACACGAAGAGCUUUUGACCAAGUUGAUCGAUACGGCAGAGAAGCAAGGUGUGGACGAUGGCAUAAAGUAUCACUUAGAAGAACUGGAGUCCGAAUUCCGCCUCGGACCUGAAUCUCAACCGUUUUGCGUUUUCUUGGCCGACGUCGCACCGCAGACACCAAUCAAAUUGACUCGUCUGAAGCUUCAGCUCUUCCUAUGUGGUUCACCAUUCUACUCUCUUCAAGCUGCCUCUGCGCGGCUCGCUACGAUACCGUGGCUAAAAUACGAACUGGCCAUUGUCCUCGGACGACAAGGUAAAGACAAGGCUGCGCUUCAGUUACUGGCUCGAGAUGUUGGUGACUCUGUCUCGGCACAAACAUAUUGCACGCAAGGGGGAGAGGUGAUCCCGCCCAAAGUCGCACAUGACGUUGCGUCUCACGUCCCCGAGCUUGCUGCUUGGGCGACCUUGGGUGACGUAGGGAGGAAGAGACGAGGGACAGUCGAUGCGGCUGUCCAGGAGGGAUUGGUCAUGCACCUUUUGGGAGUUUACAUGAAGGAAAGCAAUUCAGCCAAGCAGACUGCUUCUCUGCUGAAUGCUCAGUCACUCCAUCUGGAUGCACUCGAAGUACUCAAGCUGAUCCCACCCGAUUGGCCACUCGAAACUGUCUCCGCGUUCUUCCAACGCUCUCUCCGCCGACAGCUACAUGAUCAACAUACUUGGCAAAUCUUGAAAUCCAUCUCGGCUGGUCAAAAUCUCGCUGUAUCUGAUGAGUUCCUGAAUCAAGUCAGGUCGAUGCCGCCAAUAUUGGAUACCUCUGGACCUAAGAGCGACGGUUCAGGGGUAAGUCCAGGGUUCAGUAUACCCGAUGAAGGCAGUAUACCAGAGUCUGAAAAGGUGUCAGAGAAGGAAGCUGCGGCGGGACCAGGAGGAGGAGGAGGAGGAGGUGGUGGUGGUGGUGAUGAUGAGAAGCUCGCUCGAUCAGGAAGUGAAAGGACUUUGAAUGGGGCUGAGGGUGAAAAGAGGCAUACGAGCUUUUUCAGCCCUGAAGGGGUAGUCAAGGAACUUGCGGAAAUCAGAUCAGAGAGACAUGCUUCGUCAGAAGGACAACCUAGGUCAAUGGGAUGAUUGAUGC